AUGCGUGCAGCAACCUCAUUGUUUGCAGCGGUACUGCCCAUCACGGUUACAGCUUUCCCAGCCAAGCACAGUAACAAUAAGCCACCGGCUUUCUUCUUGGCUGGAGAUUCUACCACUGCAAUCAACGGUGGCUGGGGCAAUGGGUUCCUGGCGACACUUCGCGAUCCGGCUUGGGGCAUCAACAUCGGGCAAAGUGGCGCCACAACAUUAUCCUAUCAACAAGGAGGCAACUGGUCCAACAUCACUACGCAUGUUAAGGAAUACGCCAAGAAAUACGAUACCUAUGUGACUAUAAGUUUCGGCCACAACGAUCAGAAGUCGACGAGUAAUGUGACGUUCGACGAGUAUCAGGCCAACCUUAUCAAGUUCGCCGAGGAAGUGAAGUCUCUGGGCGGGACUCCUCUCCUCACUUCAUCCCUGAGUCGUCGAAACUUCGUUUCCGAACAUAAUGCCACGGACAGCUUGCACAACGAACGUCUAGCAGCGAUCUACGCAGCCAAUGUGACAGGCUCACCGGUCGUUGAUCUCAACGCUGCCAGUCUGAAAUACGUGAACGCGAUCGGAGAGGACGCUGCUCACACUUAUAAUUUGAGCCCGAGUGAUAACACGCAUCUCAAUUCGUGGGGCGAAGUCGUGUUUGGUCGGCUGGUGGCAGAUCUUAUCGUCGGAGCAGUGCCUCGUCUGGAGAAGUGGAUUGUUCCAAAUGAGACCCUGAGUGAUCAGAUUCGGAACGGAACCGCUGCAUAG